AUGUAUACGCUAUUGUCGGGGCUGUACAAGUACGUGUUCCAGAAGGACGAGUACUGCAUCCUCAUCCUGGGUCUGGACAAUGCAGGAAAGACGACCUUUCUGGAGCAAUCAAAAACCCGGUUUAGCAAGAACUACAAGGGGAUGAGCCUCUCCAAGAUCACCACCACCGUGGGUCUGAACAUCGGCACCGUGGAUGUGGGGAAGGCUCGACUCAUGUUCUGGGACUUAGGGGGGCAGGAGGAGCUGCAGUCUCUGUGGGACAAGUACUACGCUGAGUGCCACGGCGUCAUCUAUGUUAUCGAUUCCACGGAUGAGGAGAGGCUGUCUGAGUCCAAGCGCGCUUUUGAGAAGAUGGUCACAAGUGAGGCUCUGGACGGCGUCCCCAUCCUGGUGCUGGCCAACAAGCAGGACGUGGAGACUUGCCUCUCCAUUCCGGACAUCAAGACCGCCUUCAGUGACUGCACCUCCAAAAUUGGCCGGCGAGACUGCCUGACCCAGGCCUGCUCGGCCCUCACUGGCAAGGGGGUGCGAGAGGGCAUCGAGUGGAUGGUGAAGUGCGUCGUGCGGAACGUGCACCGGCCACCGCGGCAGAGGGACAUCACGUAGGUGCAGCCAGCACCCAGACGCCUGCCAGCUGGAGCCACCAACCUGAGUGUGGGGCCGGCUAUGCCUUCGGGGUCUUCAUUUCCUUGUUUUCUAAGACGGACUGUUCUGUGUGUCCUAAAGUGCGGGCGCUCGGAGGCUUCUGCCGGGGGAACGGGGGUGGCAGGGCCUGCAGCUAGCUACCUCAGGCCUGGGCCCACCCGAGGCCAGGAUUGGGGGCCCUGUGGAUGAUGCUGUUUAAAGCCGCCACCCCCUUGGGCCUGCCUGCCUGGGGCGGGGGGGGGGGGGAGCCAUGGUUCCAGUGCAGCCUCAGGGUGGAGUGCUGUCUGCCUGGGAUGCCUCGUGUGUCCCCGUUCCAACCCCCCACCACCACCUCACCCCACCAACCCAACAUCGACCACUCCGAUCCCUGGCAACAUGGGAAACCUGGGAAGUGAGUGUCUUCCCUGAGCACACCUACCACUCACCUGGAACACCCAUGGGUCCCCGCUCUGGUGCACCAGUUGGGGGUGGUUGGCAGCCGGGGUCUGGGGUCCCCAGGCUGCCCUGUUGGUGGUGUCCUAUGCCUCUGCUCCCUGCUGAGGGUGAGAUGGGUCCCCACCCAGGCCUGCAUCCCCAGCAGAGGCCCUCCAAGUGGACUGGUCCUGGGGACCCCUGUCACAGGCCCUAGGGAGCUGCCACACCCAGCAGGCCCGGUUGCAGGCAUGUGGGGAAAAUAAAGAGCAUCUGAGCA